AUGGUCGAUGACUCGCUCACCCUUCCAUUCAUCUACGAUAGGAACAAUCAUACGUUGGCAAAAUGCAUUGGUUGCGAAGAGUAUCAAGAUCCAAAGUGCUCGUAUCUAUUUGACAUUCGAUAUGAGGACUGGGCGCCGAUGAAACAUCACAUGUUGCUGAUGAGAGGAGAAAUUACACAGGUGAUGAGAAUUUCUCAUUAAAA